AUCGCUUGGCCGAGCCACCACUAUUUCUCGGGUCUGGUCACACUCUGGCCAAUAAAUAAAGAAAAGGCGGAAGAUUCUGCUAAGAAAAUUAACAAAAUUAGGUUAAAUUCUAGAAGCCGCUCACUUUCUCCCGCUCGACUUACGACACCGCGCCGCACCACACCACACGACAAAAUGCCGCGAUACAGGGAGUGGGACCUGGCCUGCAAGGUGUAUGUGGGCAACCUGGGCUCCUCGGCCUCCAAGCACGAGAUCGAGGGCGCCUUCGCGAAGUACGGACCGCUGAGGAAUGUGUGGGUGGCCCGCAAUCCGCCCGGUUUCGCCUUCGUGGAGUUCGAGGAUCGCCGGGACGCGGAGGACGCGACGCGUGCCCUGGACGGAACACGCUGCUGCGGCACGAGAAUCCGCGUGGAGAUGUCAUCGGGUCGCUCCCGCGAUCGCCGGCGUGGAGAGGGCGGCAGCAGUAGUGGACGCUCUGGCUCCGGGCGCUACAGGUCCCGCUCGCCACGCCGCUCCCGAUCGCCCCGCAGCCGCAGCUUCUCGCGCGAUCGUCGAAGUCGCUCGGACUCCCGCGAUCGGCAUUAAAAUACUUCCCAAAAGGAUAACAUUUAAGCAGUGUCGCAAUCAAACAAGAAGCGUGGUCAAGGCCGACUUUUUGAUAGGGUUUCCUUAGUUGAUUGCGAUGUAAGUACACUUUCUUCAGAUGACAAUAUAUAAAUCUUUCGAUGCAUUCUUAAAAUUUCCUUUUUUUUACUAAGAAAUAAAGACGCACAAUCAGCGAG